UUACAUUGGUGGAGCCUCCUGGAGGCGGGUAUGAGCCUGAAAGGUUAAAGCAAAGGAGGUAGCUCCGGGUAGCUCCAGAUCAAACGCGGAAAGAAAAAAAAAUAGUCGUUGCAGAACUGUAAAAUUACCUUAGACAGACACGAAUAACGUUAAACACAGUCGCGGCACUCCAGUACAAAGACAUAAGAUAACAUCAUGCCAAAAAAGAAAGACAUUGUGAAAGGUGGCGCUCCUAUACCAAGAAUUCGAGAAAACUCGAGACUUAUGCGCACACAUGAAACUAUGGUAGAUUUCAUAAGCGGACGUCAUUCUUCAAACUCUAUCCUGGAUGUCUUUGCCUCUGGCUUAUUAGGUUUAGAUUUUUUAAGGACCUUUGAAGGAGAGCUGGAGGACGACAUUGUAUAUACUGACGACGACGAUGAUGAAGAUGAUGAUCACUAUUGUCCACAACAUGCUUCUCACAGGUCUUUAGAACCACAUCCACGAAUAAAACAACUCACUGACGAGGAGGCUGAUAAACAUGCAAAGGAAUUGAAAGAAGAAGAGGAACGACGGAAAGAGAAAACCGAGAAAAACAAGCGUAAGAAAUUGCGUAAAAAAGAAAAGAAACGGAUAGAGAAAGAGAAUGCAGUUAAAAAUAUUUUACCUGAGGAAGAGCAAGGGAAGUCAGACUCCUCAGAAAAUCAGGAAGAAAAUCCUGUUAUUGAAAAUAAUGCAGUGGCAAAUGAAUCUCCUGAAUCUGGUAAAACACAAAAUGGAAUUGCGGCGGCUGCAUAUAAUGAGAGCAGUGAUAAUAAUAAAGAAGAACAUUUUGCGGAGGUGAAUAAAAAAGAAGAAGAUGGGGAGCAAAAGCAGGAUUUGGAUUUAAAUAAUUCACAUUCUUCUACAACAAAAUCGGUGCCUGAGGAGACGUGUAACCAGAGGCCUGCAAAAGAAAGGAAAAAGGAAAAAAAUAAAUUACUGAAAAAGUCCCUGGAGGAAAAGCCAAAGGUUGUAGAGAAACCUGAAAUUCAAAAGAAGGAAGAGAGACCUCAACCCAAUAAAGAGAAAACAAUGGACCCCGCUGCAGAAGAGUUGGCAAAAAGAAGCAGAGAGCUUGCUGGUAUGGGAAAUCGCUUGGCUGCCUCUGGACAGUAUGAGAUGGCCGUGAAAUGCUUUACUGACGCAAUUAAAUACAACCCAAAGGAAUUUAAGUUAUUUGGAAAUCGAUCCCUGUGUUAUGAAAGACUGCAGCAGUAUGAAAACGCUUUCAGGGAUGCUGAUCUAGCUCUCUCCAUGGAGCCAAACUGGAUAAAAGGUUUAUUUAGGAAAGGAAAAGCUCUCUGUGGGCUCAAGAGGUACUACGAGGCCUCGCUGAUCUAUAAGGAGGUGUUGAAGCUGGAAAGUUCGAGCGCUGAAGCCACGCAAGAGCUGAAACGAGCACAGACGUUGCACCUAAUGGAAAUGGGAUUCACCUGGGCUCAGAGCUCUGAGGCCUUGAAAACACACGCCACGUUAGAGGAAGCUGUUGAAGCUCUGUUCGGUGACGACGGUAAUCAGGGUCCUGGAGAUGCCUGUGCCGGCUGGGACUGUACGGACCAACCAGUGGCGCAGGAAGAAGAAGACGACGACGACGAGGGGGAGUGGAUUGUCCGACAAACGACUCGUCCUAGAAUGCAGCCGGCCAAAGAGUUGGAUGCUUUUGGCCAAAGCAGAUCGAAUUCUAAGUCACCGACGCCCCAUCCAAGGAAUUUUGUCAAACCUGAUCUUUUCCCCAUUUGGGUUGGAUCCUUGGCUCCUGCUGUCACCUACUCAACCCUCCACGAGCUCUUCAGCAGAGCUGGGACGGUCUACAGCAUCAAAAUGCUGCUGGAACACCAGUGUGCCUUUGUGAACUACGCCAAAAAAGAAGACUGUGACAGAGCCAUCCAGUGUAUUAAUGGAAUGGUGGUAGAGGGCGCUCCACUCUCUGUGCGGUAUCCCAGUAAAAUCCCCAUUGGACUUGGUAUGUCCAGAGCGGCCGCCAUUGACCCAUAUUCACGCCCCGGCCCGUACAAGAAAGAGUGCUUUUUCUGGAGGACCACCGGCUGCAUGAGGCAGGACUGCACCUACAGACACGUCCCAGAGCACAAGCACAUUGACAAGGACAAAUUCACCAGUAGACUGGGACAUGUGAACAUGUAGGAAAUCAAAAAUGAUAAGCGUGCAUCGUUUCCUUUGACAUUUGACACGGUGCUUGUUCCAAACUGGGCUGCUUUCUGUCGCCUCGGUUUCUUCUCGGUUUUGGUUCUUGUGAAGUUUUACCGGCAAAAAAGACUAAUUGUGUUCAGAUUCGGUUGCAUGUUCUUUUGGAAAUGUUGGCACCGUGAUGUAUCAUUGUAAGGAUACAAAGGAAACCCCAAACUACAUUAUAUUAAUAAUUUAUGUGCAUCAUGCUUUGAGCAUUCUUUUGCAAUAGGAGUUUGUCAGGGAUUAUGUGUGAUUAUCUAAUCUGUUUAAAGAUUGUGUUAAAACACGUGAUUUUUACUUAGUUGCUUUGCUCUUGUUUUAAAAUUGAUGUAACAGAUCUUUUUUUAGUUACCACCAGGUGGCACUGUAACCUUUAUCCCUCAACUUUGGGGCUACAAAGAAUUCUGCUUUCUUUUUAAGGCUGUGAUUGAUGAGCAGUUAUGCUAUCGGCACAUUGAAUGUGUUAUGUUUCAUUUUGAAAUUCUGCUCUGUAAUAUGAUUGCUGGGGCAUUGCGUUUGUUUAGAUUGGGUUGAGUUCAGUGGUUAUGUAUAUUAUGUAUACCUUUUUUUUUUUUAUAAUGUCAUGUCUGUUGGAGGAACGGUUUUAAAUGUAGUGAUGUUUGGACACAAACUGUCAUACAAAUAAGUGCCUUUUAGUAGCACUGGCUGCAGUUUAUCAUGGGUCAGCCCCAGAGGGAAUUAAAGCCUCAACUUUGAAAGAGUGUUGAUGUCAUGCAAUACAUUGCUAUAUACAGUACAAGACCAAAGACAGGUGGAAGGUGGAACAGUGGAUGGGCCUGGAUGACUCACUGCAAAGAAUAAAGUCAGCCCCAUGAUAAGCUGCAUGAUUUGUGAGCGGGAUUAUUCAAGCCUCAGCAUGUAACUCAAUGUAAUUUGGGAUAUCACUAUGAGGAUGAGAGGCCCAGUGGUUUUUCGCUGUCCCACCACUAAAACAUAACCAGAUUAAUCCCAGCAGCAGCUGCAUAUCCUGUUGCAGUGUCCUUGAGCGAGAAUCCCUCAUCUCAGGUCAGCCUGAGUUAGAGGAAAGUGCCAGUUAAACGCUUGAAAAGUAACUAUUGUCCCUGAGAUUUUAUCUGAAGCGAGGUUCUUCUAAGCCUUAAAUGCCUCCCUUCAAUCUCCCCGACUUCGUCUCCUCUCAGUUAAUGUGGGUGGGAUUUGUGUAGAUCCCUCUUCCCUAAAGCCUGGCAGGUUUGUUAUUUGACUCGAGCAUUUCAAGGCCACUUUUGUGACUCCUGUUAUGCAACGUUUGAGGUGUGAAUUACAAAACGUUCCCAGAGAGCUGAAUAAUUACCUAAAAACGAGGUUGAAGCGGUGGAAAAAAAGUUGAGGCAUUUAGCUGUGAAAAGUGCUUAGUCUUGACCUUACAGGCAGAACAGCUGUACUUGUGGGCAUUAAUUGGCUGACAGUGGCAUACCUCCCAAAGCCCUUCUGAUCUGUGUGAGAUUUGAAAGCAUGAAGGGCCUGUAAUACGAAUAACAUGAACUCUGGUUGAACCCAUAGAAAGCACUGGGACAUUACUAACUUGCAAAAUGGGUCUCUAUUUAAUCUUAUUGGUCUGUUUGGCUUUGCCCCGCUAGAAACCUGUUCAAAUGCAGAUAAAGACUGAUAAGCGGUUAGCGAUCAUCAACAUCCCGCCACUCCUGGGCCCGGACGAAGCCAAUCCCUUACUUAACUAAAGCAAACACCAGGAAGAUUAAGUGCAUCUUGUUAAAAGGCUGCAUGGUUUGUAGAGCUUUCAACAGAUUUCUCUCCCUCUCAACAGAAGGGGG